AGUCUAAAAUACAAAAGUCCACAUUUUCCCAGUUCAUUCCUAACUAGUCUGUCCUUCAAUAUCCCAGAAUCCCUAGCGGUCGUGUAUGGGGUAAAUCGCGCACGCGCACUUAAUCCUCCCUCUUUGGCUUCGCACCUCUUCAAACUAAAAUGGCCAAACGCACCAAGAAGGUGGGAAUUGUUGGGAAAUAUGGCACUCGUUAUGGUGCCUCCCUCAGGAAGAUGGUGAAAAAGAUUGAGAUCAGUCAGCACGCCAAGUACACCUGCUCCUUCUGUGGCAAGACCAAGAUGAAGAGACGAGCUGUUGGCAUCUGGCACUGUGGGUCCUGCAUGAAAACUGUUGCUGGAGGUGCCUGGACAUACAACACAACGUCUGCUGUCACAGUCAAGUCUGCCAUCAAGAGACUGAAGGAGAUGAAGGACCAGUAAACUGGGACUGUUUUUGUACAGAUGAAAUCCACCUUGUCUCGGACUCUGCAUUUUCAAUGUGGCUCGUUGGAACAUCCCACAAUAAAUUUAAGUCUUGAGCUGGA